AUGGGAAAUGCGCGCGUAAGGUUUUUUCUUACGAUUUGAGUAGUAUCAGAAAAAGAACGAGUGAGCGCAGCGAACGAGUGAGUUUUCUGAUGCGUAUUAACUGUGUUUAUUUCAUAGGUACUGAGAUGUGUUUGUGUAAUUUAGUAGACAAAUUGCACAAUUGGGGCAAUCAAAAGUGUAACAAGUAGUCAAUUUAAAAUCGCUCCACAACAACUAAGUUAAUGAAAGCCUAUAAAAUUUAGAACACUUACUGUGUUGUCCAGCCAGAGCGUGUUUUUAAAACAGUGCCUCAGGACUACAUAUACCGAGCAAACCCUUCUCGUACAGUAUUUUUAACUCGAUCUCUUCGCUUGUCAAAGCUACCGAUGCUUUGGGUUUACUCCCUUUUCGUUGCUUCUUCAGCUGUUUUUGCUUGGAUUGAAGAACAUUUCUGGUUUUCUCCAAGACCAAGUUGUUGAUUAUGCUGGGAGCUAGAAUAGCCCUUUUUCUUCAACUGUCGUUCGAAGCUGGCCAUUAAACUUCGACGCGAAGUCGGCUUGUACUCUUUGCCAUCUUUAGUGCCGACAGAGAUGAUAAAUUCACUAAUGUGUCCAUUCAGCUCAGCCGCUGGAAUAUCUUCAAUUUUCCUGUCUUCGUCUUUCAUUUUCAAAGAUCUUUCAAGCAAUCUUACAUCUCGUUCAGUUUUUGAGCGGUAUUUUUGUUUUCGAGUUCCAACAUAAAUUUUAUAAACCGAGCAAACAGAAGUAAACCUUCCCUCGGCUAUUUUUCAAAGCGCGCAGCCUUUUGUGCAACGGCCUACGGGUGACGUUCUCUUCGGUACGUUCAUUCAUCAUCAGUGAAAUUUCGUCGUUCGCUUUGCUGAUUGGACAAAUGAUAGAUUUUUUACGGUGAAAUUUUGUCGUUCGUGCUCCUGAUUGGCUACGAGCAGAAUCAGUACGAAUUUUAUUCACUAUGAUUUUCGUGGAUAAAUCUCAGUACCUAUGAAAUAAACCUGGUUUUGCAGCCGAGUUCAGAACUAGGCAAGGUUUGAGGGGCGGGGGCGUUGGAGCCUACAUAAAAAAAUAACAUUAAAUAUAAGGGCCCACUGACAAACAGAAAUUCCACCCAGAGAUAAGACUGUUCACAGUGCCCUGUUUUUCUGUAAGAUCGUGGAGAUCGAGCGCUUUGCGUUACGGGCAUCCAUCUUGGAUGAGUGUCAAAACCACUUAGGAGCGGGGGUCGGUUUGUGAGGAAGCGAGAAAAAUGGAGGAACUGUCCUAACAUCACUGCAGCUCGCGUUCAGGGAGUGUGUUGUACAAUCAACGCAAGCGUUUGGUUGGUCAUUAGACAAUAGAUGUUACUUUGAUCUGGUUUUACCACUGAGUUAAAGCAUUUCGAUGUGUGUAUAUAUUAUGUGCAGUAUGUGAAUCUGGAGUUAUUCUGACAAUUACCCGCCGAGAAGCAAGCAACCGAAGUCGGGCAAAUUUUGGCUUCGCAAAGUACCUGUUUUGAGGUUUCCGGGUAUCGUUGACAUUUUGCCUUAAUAUUUAAGGUAUUAUAAAGAUUUAAAACCAAAGAAACUUGUUCUCUUUCAUCUUAUGUGAACCUUGUUUUAUGGCCGUGACAAAUUUUGAACGGAAUCGAAAUUUUGAUCAUGAUCAAGUGGUCGAUUCUUACUCGGACAGCCUAUUAAUAGUUUCGGAUUACAUACUGGAAUAAGUAUGGGGUCAGACAGCGAGAGCAUUUGUUUUAUUAUACCUAUAUUUUCAUUAUACCUUAAUAAUUUUUCUGAUUAUAGAAAAAUAUUUAUAGUAUCUUAUUAAAGGAGAAGGAAGAAAGCUGGGAGAUUGACUUGGAUAGAUUAAGAGUGUCUGACGUAGUACUUGGAGAGGGAGAGUUUGGAAUUGUUAAUAAAGGUAGCUACCGGGGAAAAGAUGUCGCAGUAAAGCAGUUGAAAGGUACUAUUAUAAAUGAAUGAAAGGUACCUAAUUUGGUUGAUAUGUUUUUUUUCCUUCAUUUAUCAGCCUUACUUUUAAAGGAAUGAGUAGACAUGCUGCAACGAAACCCGUGUUACAGAAGAAAUGUACACAAUGUACUUACUAUAUUUUUCUUGCAUAUACCUCUUUGAGUCAUCCUUCUUCUUCUUUUCAAAUGUCCUCUCCCCUAACAGGGCCCCCAAGAACUCCAACGGAAGGCUUGAUGCAGGUUAUCUGAUUUAAAAUAAAUAAAUAAAUAAAUAAAUAAAUGAUGAUGAUGAUGAUGAUGAUGAUGAUGAUGAUGAUGAUGAUGAUGAUGAUGAUACAGUAUAUAUCUUGCCGCGAUUUAAAAACAUCGAACACAGUGAAAGCUAAUCAGUGUGUAACAUGUUAAUAAAUUUACUGUUAUGUGGCUUUUCUAUACAGAUGGUACAAGCAUGGCAGACAAAAACGAUUUAUUAAGUGAAAUAAAGAUGUUAAAACAAGCUGGACGGCAUCCAAACAUCGUCAGCUUAGUUGGCGUUUGUACUCGAGAGGGUAUGUUUUAUCCUAAUUAGUAUUUGCUGUAUGUAAUGAAUACUCGGCUUCUUUUUCUUUAAUAUGUUUCUUUUUCAUUUUUUAUUAUUAUUUCAGAGAAGAUUCUUGUUGUGACUGAACUAGUUCCGUAUGGUAGUUUAAAGAACUUCCUAAUAUCAAAACGAGUAGCAUGCGUUUCUGGUGAAGCGAGUCGUUAUGUAAAUGUACGUUUUGGCUUAAACGACCGGGCGUUACUUAAAAUCGCGUUUCAAAUCGCUUUGGGAAUGCAAUUCUUGGAAAAGAAAAAGGUAAGGGAAUACACGUGUAAUACCUUUUUGCGUGCAAAUAUAAUACCUUCUUUCCAUUCUCAAAACGUGCUUACCUCUUUGUAAUAUAUCUUUAAACAUUUUCCUGUACCUUAGCACUUUCGGCAUAUGAAGGAAUGGUUAUUCUAGCAGAUAUUCUUCAUUUAGUAGUUGUCAUCCGUGGAGUGGUAUUUUUCUAUAUUCUUCCUCUGGGGCCGUCUGUCUUUGCUCUGUCUAUAUUAUUACGAGCGACUUUCUGUAAAUACCACGGAUAGGUGAGCAAGAAAGAAAAAUUCAAAUCCCCCAAACUUUGUCACAGCAAAGCCGUUUAAAAACUAUUUUAGAAAAUACAAGACAGACAGUUCGUUUGACUUUAUAUUUGCAAAAAUAAACAGAUUUUCAAUGUUCACCUUCGAGAGGUCUUUAAACCACCGAAAAAUGUGCUUGGUAUCCUCGUCACUUCGUGAAUGGAAACGGAAACUAAUACCGUGAGUUUUUUUUUUUUUUUGCAUAAAACAACUUUAUGAUCCUUCUAUUGUAUCUACACGUUGUUACAAUUUCAAAAGAUUUCAAUCUGGUUAUUUUAUUUUAUUUUUUUUAAAUUACCCUGGCCUCUAAAUCAAUAUUAUCGCGACCGUCAAUUUUGGGGUGUCAGUAAAUCGCCGGGUCGGUGCUGGGCCUGGGUCGGGAUCUAUCUGCUUUUUUAAAGAAUGCUGUUUUAGGGUUAAGUUUAGGGUUAGGCUUGACACUAACGGUAAACCUAACCCUAAAACAGCAUUCUUUAGAAAAAAGAUAGAGCCUGACCCCGAUCCCGACCCCGCGUUUUACUGACAUCCAUCUCAGAGAAAGAGCAAUGCUUCCACUGUCAAUCUGUGAAAUAAAAACUUGGGGCAAUUUAAACUGCGAGUCAGUGACAACUGAAAACAUUUACGGUACUCGCGUGAUCUACGGCCUUUGAGUUUGCAGUUGUAUUGGUGAAUAGAAGCGAGAAAUUAGACAACAUUUGAAAUUCUUGCCCGUUCGUCCCUUUUUCGCCAGUUUAAAACACUAAAAAUCGUUCUAGACUUCACAGUAGCAAUUUUUCAAAAGGAGAUUGAAGUAAUUUAGUGUGCAAAAGUGAGCUAUUGAACACUUCCCUUACGUGCGUAUUUGUUUACUAUUACGGUAUUUGUAACAGUUAUCAUUUAUUUACAAAACGACUUCAGAGUCGUUAACUAUUCUUUAAAAUGCUCUCAUUUCUCGUGAGACAAAUCUUUAUAGCUAUAAAAAAGGAAAAAACUUUGACCUGCCUCACGUUUUUGGACGACAGACACGAAGCCUUUUGCGAAACGAGAUUGAGUGACAAAGAACUUUGAGACCCAGGUUUUUCCGUGAAGACAGAUACCAGUCUGAAAAAGAAAGUCACGCAGCACCUUCCGUAAUUAUAAAAGCGAAACAUGCAGAUCUUCACAAUCCUUAGUUUCAUUGAAUUGUCCGUUAAAGCGACCCUGAAAACGUAACAAAAUGUUUUCCGCAAGAGACUAUGAAGUCCGGGUAAGCCCUCACAGUCACUUGCUUUCCAUAAACGCCUGCGUAGACUUUCAAGCUGUUAAAAAAGCCUAUUUUAUAACAGUUUCGUUGUGAAAAACGAUUAUGAAUUCCUUACUUGUAUUCUUAGAAAAAUGGCAUUGAGGAGAGAAAAGUGGUAGGUCGUAGUCUGAACUGACAUUUCGCCAUUUCGCCCCACCCCCCAGUUCUGGCAAUCUCGAGCAAGUUUUGCAUUUCUGGGUAACAUUUGGGCAAAUUGUAGGCUUACGGCACAUGUCAAGCCAGAAAACGUGAGCAAUUUGGUAGAAUAUAAUGUCAAGUACGCCUGAACUGCGCCCGUAUAUUAAGCUCCCCUACUGACUCUGGCGGGGGACUGGGUGGGGAGGGGAAACUCUGGAAUGGAGCGAAGGGGAGUUAGCUCUAAGCAUACAGCCUGUGUUUUAGCUUUGCGUUUGCCUUGGCAAUAAAUUUCGCCUAUAUUUUCAAGCAACUCUUUCAAGAAGAUUGUUAGAGACUAUGAUAGACGUGGUAAGCCCUCAUAGUCUCUUGUUUUCCAUGAACGCCUGCUGAUUUACAUUUCAGUUGGUAAAAAAGCCUAUUAAUUUUAAAACGUUCAGUUUCGUUUUGGGAAUGAGAUAAUGAAUGGCUUGUUACACAAUAAAUUAGUUUAGCUUGCUCUACUCGAUUAUGUUAUUUCAAGAUUAAUGUGGCUUACUACAGUUUUCGGAUGAAAACUGUCGAAUUUUUCAAACUGGACCAUUUUUAGCAACUGAAGGUCUCUACUGAAUUGUCAACCUCGUCCCCAGGGCUUUUCCCUUAAAAAAUGGGUGGGGCGGGAAAAGGCCCUGGCAUCGGCUGGUCACGUGUCCCCUCGUACACCCUAAAAUCCUGGGUGUAAUAAAUUAGCGCUAUGUGAAAAGCUAAAAUUAUGCGAGACCUCACAGUGCGCGAUCUUGGGCGGCCUUUUAUAUCUCUUGACUAGUAACGAAAAGUUUUCUUUUUUUGUCACAGAUACUGGCUAUGGUAAUUUUUUGCUUUCCUCCGAUUUCUAUGAAGGAGACAGUGAGGGGUAACAUUUGUAAAACUUCCUCUAUAGAGCGAUAUAAAUGACAAACAAGCUAUCGUACAUGCAUAAAGUUUGUACUGGCAUGGAAAAGUCCGUUUUCGCGACUCUUUUGAUGUUUUAUUUAUUUCUUGCGAAGUGGACCGCCGUACACAACCUAGUAGUUCUAUUCACCUUGACUGUCAGCCAUAUCAUAGCGACACGCGUUGGUUUAGACUUAACUAGUAUGACCUGUAUUUUUAAAAAAUUCAUUGACCUCUGCGAGACUUGACCGAAACCAGAAACCGCGCAUGAAAAGUUUCUGGCACCCAGGUAUCAAACGACUGGUAACAAAGAAAGACUUGGGUCCAUUUAAAAUUGUCAGAGCUGUAGUUGAUUCCAAUCGAUCGGUCAAUCUUCCCUUUGAUAUAAGGAAAAUCCUUUGUACUUAUCCUCGGAAGAGAAAAGAUAUAAGAGAUCUUAAAACGUUUCAGAUCGGCGACCUGUCAUCGUUCCUGGCUGGAGGGCUGACUUGCAUCCGGCGCGGAGAUUUGUUUGUUUCAUGGUCGGGUUGUAGAAAAGGCCAGACUCCAUAAAGCAUUUUGAUGAACAAUUCUAUUUCAAUUAAGUUGAAUUUGUUUAAAUUCACUGCAGAUCCUAUAGGCAAAGACCCGCAUUUUUGUUUGACAUUGGAAAAAAUCACUUUCUGCUUGAUCGUACAGUAAUUCCACAGUCACGAUGAAUUGCAGUCGAGGUACCACUCGAUAUAACAGCUUGUCUCAACUGAUACUCUGAAGCAUUUGACAUAUUUUGUACGUGACAACGUAGAGCCGGUUCGCCCUUUCAUAAACUUGUAGCAUUUGAAUAAUACGCAAUUAAAUGGAUCUUAAGCUUUUGAAUCGCACAGACGCGAAAAUAUUGACAUACAGGUCGCGAUAUAUAUCAUUGCUCCGUUCGACUUCUGUCAGCACAAAACCAGCGGGUUGCAUAUAAAUUAGCUUCUCAGGAAUAUUUAGGCUGUGCACGUGACCAGCCGAUGCCAGGGCCUUUUCCCGCCCCACCCAUUUUUUAAGGGAAAAGCCCUGGGGACGAGGUUGCUGAAUUGUUAUUCAUUGCAAUUGAUGUAAGUCAUCACUUUACCUUGUAAAAACAUUUUAUUACGUAGUUUAACGCGAAAUAUAGUGACCGAGCACCCUAAAAGGGAACUGGAAACUAGCCCUUUAAAGGCUUUUUUCUUAAAAACUAGCCGUAGUCCUCAAAAUUUGAACCCAGGUCGUACAGCUAGGUUUUGAGAAAUUUAGAGUAGAAAUUGUCUUUUUACGACCUCCAUGGAGAAAAGCAUUGCGCAUGCCUCACCGAUCGAGGAAAACCCUGCUGGCGAGAUGGCGCGUGCACCGCCUUGUUACUGCCUUUGAUUCGUAGCGCUGGCCGCCAUUUGUCAAGCUAAAAAUUAAAUGUGUUUGGACUAUCCGAUCCUUGCAUAGUCGGGUACAGCGUGGUUACCACAGCCGAACUUUCACCACUGAAAAGGGAAUAUGGUGACAUUAAAUAGGAAUUUUUAAACCUCACUUCAUUCGGGAUUUGUGGACGAUAGUACUGCUUCACUUGUGAAACCGAACCGCAUUUUGUCUUCUUCGCAUGGUACGGAUAUUAGCUUGAUGGGGACGAAGUGCAGUGGGGCGGGGGGGGGAGGAGACCUACUUCCCAUACAUUCUCUUAAAUGAAAUCCAAACGAUGAUUUUACCACUUAUAAAGCGAUCAUCCGAUCAUCAUAGGUCUUGUCAGCGGAUUUGUGUACAGAUCAUGCGCAUUUCGUCAAAAACAAGGAUCAACGGUAUUGAGAAGGAACAGAAACAUGGCGGUUGAAGGCGGGAGCGUUUCUCACUACUUUAUUUUGGUAAUUCGCAAAUUUAUUGAUUUUAUGUCGCUUUUUAGACAUAGUGUGUGGUUUUCUUUUCUUUUAUAACUGACAAGUUUUCUCUGCAGAGUUUGGAAUAUGCAACUUAUAGCGUUAGCUGCGUAUAGCUGAUAAGAAUUGGAACCGCCGAAGAGUUGAGCUAUCGGUGUUUUGCUGUAAACCUAAAAAAAGCUAAGGUCGCUUCAAGGUACAGAGCUUUCAGAAAUAGUGGUGAUAUUUUUUUUAUUAGAGUCGUUU